AUGCGCCUCACAGCGCGAGCUACCGAGGCUCCAGAGCCGUAUGUCGUGCCUCCUUCGGAUAAGUUUGACGGUGCGGAUGGGAGUUGGAGUACCUUCAAAAUAAGCGUGGGAACACCAGGACAGGACUUUCGUGUAUUGCCGAGCACAAAAGGAGGCGUCACAUACGUCAUUGCCGAAGAAGGGUGUUUGGAGGGAGUCGAUCCUGUGGAUUGUCCACAACUCCGAGGAAUAGAGGUUUUCCAAAGCGCGCAAAGUACCGGCUUCCAGGUCAACGCGUCGACAACAUGGUCGGCGAUAGGACAAUACGACGUGGAUUUGGAGGACGCGCUCAACUACACAGGGAGAGGACUGUUUGGCCUUGAUACUGUCACGCUAGGCGCAGCUGCGGAUAGCAGCUCCUCUGCAUCGCUGACGCGCCAGGUCGUUGCUGCCGUUGCCGAUCCGGACUACUAUCUGGGAAUCCUUGGUCUGGGUCAGGCAAAGUCCAGCUUCAACAGUGGAAGUCAGCCCGUCGACUCUUUUCUCUAUCUGUUGCGCGAGAGCAAAAGGAUACCCAGUUUCGCGUAUGCGUAUACAGCGGGGGCGAAAUACAGAUUGAAAUCCGUGUUUGGUAACCUGAUAUUAGGGGGUUACGAUGCGACGCGAUUCGAGCCCAGUGCGAACGACUUCUCGUUCACCUUCUCACAAGAUCCCUCUCGGCUCCUGACUGUGGGAGUGGACUCGAUCAUGGCUACGAACACGCUGAGGGGCACUUACUCUCUGACCUCUGGAGCACACUUCUCCGUCAUCGAUUCUACAGUCCCACACUUGUGGUUACCCGCAGACGUUUGUGCAGAGUUCGAGACAGCCUUUGGGUUGACCUACGAUCCUCAAACAGAUUUAUACCUUGUCAACGACACGAUCCACGAAGAGCUCGUGUCGAAGAAUCCGAUUCUUACGUUUAAGCUUGUCAACUCACUCGAAGAUACAACUACGAACUAUACCAACAUAGAACUACCGUAUGCUGCCUUCGAUCUCCAAGCUUCGUACCCAUACUACACGAACGCAACAAAUUACUUCCCGAUUCGCCGCGCCGCGAACGAUACACAGUAUGUACUUGGCAGGACGUUGCUGCAGGAAGCAUAUCUCAUAGUAGACUAUGAGCGGGCAAACUUCACGGUUGCGCAGGCAGUCUUCCCCAAUCCUUUGCCCGCGUCAAAUAUCAUUACGAUCAGAUCACCGAGCGAUUCUGAAUCCACACAAGCUUCAACUUCAUCUUCAGGUCUCGGUACAGGCGCCAUCGUAGGGAUAGUAAUUGGUGCAAUCGCUGCUCUUCUUUUGGUUGCGCUCGGGGUGUUCUUUUUCCGGAAACGUCGUGGUAAGCAGCAAAAGGAGCAGCGAUAUGAAAUCGCAGGCAAGCACAUAUCGGAAAUUGAUUCCGGAGCCAAUAUCUUCGCAGAUAGCCAACCCCACAAAGCCGUAGGCCCACAGGAACUUCACGGCACACCAUUGACUGAACUCGCCUCCCCUGUCAACGACCAUUUCACCGGCCAUGCGUAUCCGCAAGAUCAAAAGACAGUCAUCGACAUGACAGACGAACCACAGGAGCUGCAUGGCGAGUCCAUACUGCCAGUGACACCCAGGUGGCGAGAAGUACAGCUGCCGCACCCGGUUUUCCAACACGAGAUGCGUGCAGAGAGCAGCACAAGCCGCAGUGGGAGUGGCGUGCCCAGCGACGACGGAUACGCGACUGGCGAAUUUACACUACGCUCUGGUGUAUCGCCAAUGUCACCACAAUUUCCACACAACAAGUAUGGAUGA